AUGAGAAAUAUUGCGGGUUUAACGAGAGGGAAAUUCAGGAGUCGUAACUACAUCAUUUCGCUGUUAAUCCAUGAUAAUAAUAGUGUUGGAAUAAGGGUACCUUGGUGGGGGGGAAGUCAUUUACCGAUACGAUUUGCCGGUGCUUCCACUUCUUCUGAAAUGGAGGUGAACGCGGGGAUGGCGAAGAAGAAUAGAACAAAGAAGAAGGAGAAAAACGGGCAGAAAGAGGAGAAGGAGAAUGGUAAAAAGGGGGUGGGUGAGCAGGGUUUGGUUUCUGUUGAGGUCCCCACUUUGGAACCAGCGAGUAGCGCCAUCACCAACUCAAUUGAAGAUGAUGGUGUUGAGAUGCAGAAGUUGAGAAUUGAUGAUAAUGAUGCGAUCAAGCCGCCGAAACGCCGACGAGGUCGACCAGUCAAGGCCAAUCUAGAUGAAAACAUUGUAGGUCCAGUGGCAGAAACCGAAAAGAAGAAGUUGCAAACUCGACAAGAUAUGUUUAGCUUGAGUAAUCAGCUUCAAGAUUAUGACGCGGGGAAGAUCCAUCAGUUUGAAGCGAGCUUGAUUGGAGAUGAAGAGACACGGUAUGUGCAGUCUUUGAUUCGUGAAGUUGUCACGCUGGCUAAACCAAAGAAACCUGUCAAGAAAAGGGCACCAACUGCGAAACUGAAAUUGAAAGAGAAAGAGAAAGAGAAGGCAAGUUGUGGCUCUGGUUUGGCUUUGGCUAACCAGAGUCUUAUCCAGAUUUAUGAUAACUGGAGAUUACCACAUGAAGCAAAACUACCCAUGCUGAACGCCCUCUUUUCCAAUCAACAUGAAGUAACGCCCUUUGAAUUUUACACAAGCCACAAUUCAGACUCAUCGAUUGUCAAGAGUCCUCGCUUGUCAACGACGAGAUUAUUGGUUAACUCCUGGUGUCAAUUCCGUGACUAUUAUUCGAUUUUUGCUGGUAGUCCAAGAACUGAAACUAAAGCUAUGCAACUGGGCACUCAGCAUCACGCACAAUUGGAAAUUGAAUCGCAUCCAGAAUUGCAAAUGGAUUUUACCGCGUUGGAAACUUUUUACAAUUGUAAAAUGGAAGAGUUGAAAGCUGACGCGGUGGAUGAAACGACUUUGGCCUAUUUGAACUCGAUGCACCUGAUUGAUGCAGAAAGUAUAAAGAGCAUGGAUUGGUUCACUCAGAUUAUAUCGCGGUUGUACGUGGCUCUUGUUCGCGGUGUAGCGAGAGAGGUAUUAGUGUGUGGCUAUCUCGAUUUACCGAAUCACAAGUUUAUCGAUGCCGAAGCUUUCAAUGGGGCGAAAUCAAUGGACAAACUCGCCGCCCACGGAGGUUGUGAUGAUGGAGGUGAUAGGUAUCUUGAGCCGCAUAUUUUGGUCAGUGGAGUAGUGGACAUGAUCAAGGUUGCCAAUCCCCGAGAUGCGUGCGACUAUACCUUCCACCGCCGCUUAAAUGACGUGGUUGAUUUCGAAUUUGAAAAAGAUCAAGAUACCCAAACUCCGAUUAUUGACUUGGGGCGGUUUAUCAACGAGGUUCAAAUUUUGCUCAAUGGUGAUUUCACAAGGGAUAAUCUUUCAGUCACGGUGACUGAUGUCAAGACGCGACAUUGGAGUAAUGUUCCUCGCCAACGUUCAGUGUUGCGCAGUGCCAAGAUUCAAACUAUGUAUUAUCGAUAUAUGAUGCAAUUAUUGAGUGCCGAUGAGAAUUUCGCGUAUCAGUGUCUUGUUCGAAGUGCCCGGAUCAGAGGCUUGGACGUGGACAAACCGUUGAACCAUUUCACGAUACUUCAAAUGUUGCAUUUGCAUUACGAUUUACUUUCUCCAGAUUUUGCAAAAUUGAAGAACGGGCAAUCGAUAGGGUUUGAUCCCUACGAUCGUCAUGUCGUCAACUCCCACGGAGACCUGGAUCCGGCCACGACCCAGGCUUACAAUUUCGGCAUUCUUUUCCAAAACAGCCACCAGUUUUCACAGGAGUCGCCACAAUGCGACGCCUACUUGGCUGAAAUGGAGCCGAUUUCAGCUCAGCUUGAAUUCAACCAGGCUCGCUACCUCCGCCCGCUCUUGGGCGAGUGGAAAACACCACCUACAUUGCGAUAUUUUGCAGCACGCGCAGCUCAAUUUUAUCAUUUAUUCCACGGUUUCCUAGGCGAUGAGACCACCGUCGAGUAUCACAAUGCGAAACUUGCUCGAAAAUUCCACACUAAUGUAUACAAGUAUGACGAAGCUGAACUCGAGGAGGAGAUUGAAGAUGCGUGCAAGUUUUGGAACGGUGAGAUGAGGCCGAAACCAGUUGACGAUGUCGACAAGUGCCGCUAUUGCGAUUUCGCUUCGAAAUGCGUCGUUUUCGAAAAAGCAUCUAAAUCAGAGGGUAAAGUCGAUAGUGCUGAGGCUGCGAAUCCAGAGCAAGGGCGGGGUUCUCGCAUCGUGCUCGACUUGGCCCAGAUUGGACCAGCCUUGAGAGAAUUUGUUAAGCUGAGUCAAACCCCAUCUGAACCUCACGACGAAGAGAGCCCCCGAUCAUAA